GUCUUUGCAGCUACCUUCACUUUACUUCCCGCUCUUGGCGCCUUGUUUGCUCCUUCCUCUUUCCGCCAACGAGCCUUCGGCGCUCCCAGCAUAUUUGCAGAUUACUCUGGCCUCCAGUUUAAUGCGUUUCCAUUUCAGUACUCGUCCGCCUUCCAUCUCUCCACCAUGCCUCUUCUCGGCAUCCUGCUCGAUCUCGGUAAAUUGCUCCUAUCUACAGCGUUCCCCUCUCCCCGUUUACUGACAUGUGCCAGUGCUAGGUCCAGACGUUAACGAGCCUCGACCUCGACCGAACGCUCUCUUCGCACGCCUUCCCACCAUACCGAUGCCGAUUCCACACGAGGUCUUUAUGCAGCUUUCAGCUUUUCAUAUCUUCCUCCUCAUGUCCGUUCGUCGAGUGCGUCUUUCACCACUUCUCAUCUGCGUCGCAUAUAUUCUCUGCAAAACAGCUCACUCGCUUUGGAAUAGCGCCAAAAUCGAGCAGUUGAGCGCCCUCGUGGAUAUUACGCUGGGCCGCGGCGGGAUAUGCGAUGAGUGUCGAGAGCAGGCCUUCGCGUGCCGUGGCUGCAUGGCGCAGCUUUGUUAUGGUAGGCUAAUGCGCAAUGGUUCCAUGGCAUGCCAUCAUGAGGUGGUCGAUGUGGAAGCCGCUGACGUGGGAAACGCCAAUGAGGAAGCCAAUGCUCAUGAGGCCAUCGUUGAGGAUGCUGAGUGGUCGAUGUGAUGGCAUGGAAGUAGUGAAGAGAAACUGUUUAGAGUCGACUAGGUCAGCUUGAAUUGGUUGCGGGGGUGAUUGUCGUUGUGGUAUGGCUCCUCCGAAACGUAGCGGUAGUCUCAGGUCCAUUUGGUUCAGCUGCUUGUCUGCUCUUGCCUCAUCUGAAAGCUCGUCAGACAACAUAUCUUGUUUCCUUCUUCUCAUUUAAAACCUCUCUCGCACUCAUGACGAAAGCUAUCUCUGAUCCAAAUGCGACUAUCACUGCUGCCGUGACUCCAACCCAGGCCACGGGAAAGCCAAGAGCUGCGCACGAUGCGUAAAUGAUGAUGGUGUACAAAUAUGCGGUCCGAAAGAGAAGUAGCAGUAGUGAAUUCGGCUCUCGC